AUGUUCACUAACGUACUUGAUAUCACAGGAGGUGGAUUUAUAUCGAACAACCGCAAGGAGGAGAAUGAAAUCAAUUUCAUAUUCCAUGUUCAUAUGCCAGAAAAUAUUGAUAAAAUUGGUCAACCCGUAGUUCUUGGUGAUGGAAAAGAAUUAGGAACUUGGGAGCAACCCAAUAUCAAACUUCAUCAGCCACGUCCUCAAAAUCCUACAUAUUGGCGAUCUGACUCUGUUACUAUUUCUUUAUCAAUUAUCGCUGAAGGUUACGACAUUCAAUACAAAUACGCUAUUCGUGAAAAAGAAA